AUGGACGCAGUUUCUUCAAGCGAGCUCUCUGCCCUUCGCGCUGCGCUCCUCAACACGAGUGGUACAGUGCCCUUGCACGAUCGUUUUAGAGCGCUCUUUACGCUGAAAAGUUUGAAGAAUGAUGAAGCAGUCAAGAUCAUCUCUGAGGGCUUCGCCGACCAGUCAGCACUGCUCAAGCAUGAGCUUGCAUACUGCUUAGGCCAGAUGAAGCUCGUCUCAGCUCUCCCUGUCCUUCAAUCAGUGCUGGAGAAUCUGAACGAGGAUCCGAUGGUCCGACAUGAGGCAGCAGAAGCAAUGGGCGCAAUAUCAUCGCCUGAUUUCAAAGCAGUCCUCACGAAAUACCUCACCGAUCCCAACAGGAGCGUGCGCGAGACUUGCGAGAUCGCGCUCGCUAAAAUUGAAUGGGAUAAUUCUGAAGAGGGACGCCAUCAUCUUGCGUCAAAAGAAUCGUUAGAUCAGACCCCGACAUACACCUCCAUCGACCCCGCUCCACCCUCCUCCAAACUGCUCUCUGGCCAGCCAAAGCCAGAUGACUUGUCUGAAUCUGCAAUCGCCUCCCUCCGUACCACGCUUAUGGAUACUUCCGUCUCCCUCUUCGAGCGCUAUCGGGCCAUGUUCGCCCUCCGCAACAUCGGGACGCCAGCAGCCGUAGACGCACUCGCAUCAGGAUUCUCUGAUGAUAGCGCACUGUUCAAGCACGAGAUCGCCUUUGUUUUUGGCCAACUCCUGAGCGCGCACUCUGUACCUUCUUUGCUUAAAGUCCUGCAGGACGGAUCUGAGUCCGACAUGGUGCGACAUGAGGCUGCAGAGGCGCUUGGAGGGAUAGCCACGCCUGAAGUGCUGCCCCACCUUAAAGAGUGGAUGACGCGCGAAGAUUCUCCGCGCGUUGUGCGGGAGAGUUGUCAGGUUGCUAUUGAUAUGUGGGAGUAUGAGAAUUCAGGGCAAUUCCAGUAUGCAAAUGGACUGGAAAGCGCUAGGGUAGAGGCUACUCCUGCUUGA